AUGAUCUGGGCAUCAACGGACCAGGACGAGCAAGCAAUGCACGAUAUGACGGGCCACUUUGGCAUGGACGAUGACCUGACCCACCAGCCGAGCAGCGAGCAGCACGGUAAUUACAGCAACAACGUCUGGGGAGGGAUUCCCCCAAAUAGCUAUUCCUCCCCACAACAGACAUCGCCCAUCUAUGAAUACCAGAACUACCACAUGAUGAACCAUGGGCUACCGCACAGUCUACCCGAGCAGUCCACCUUUACGAGGAUGCCGCCUCCACCGGCCCAUCAACAAACUCUCCUGCCACUUCUUCCCGCUCCGGCUUGGAUGAAUAACACGCCCGCGAUGUCCAGCUUUCCCUCCACCAUGCCCAGCAUGUUAACGAACCCGGGCGGGCACCCGACACGACCGGUCAGAAUGGCGCCCAACUCUGCCCGGAUGCGGGCGUCGAAACCGUCGUCACAACCUGGCGGCGGCAGGAAAUGCCUAAGAGAUGAUGAGAAGCGGCAUAUGUGCCAAAUCCACAUGGACUUUCCGAAUAUGAAGCAGGCGGAAAUUGGGGCUGUCUUCAAUGUCGAGAGAAGCACUGUCUCCAAAGUCCUGCGCCAGAAGGAGAAGUUCCUGUCCCUCGAAGAGCCCAGUGUCUCGCCUGCCAAGCUACCAAAGGGCAGAGCACAAGACAUCAAUCUCGCCCUCCACAGCUGGUGGCACAACGAAUGGAAAAGGGGCAUUUUGCGAAACCGUGAAGAGAUUAGAGAGGAAGCCAUCAAAUUUUCCAGUAUCCUUAAUAACCAAGAGGGCCUCCAAAAGGCCCAUGACGACCAGUGGCUCGAUGAGUUCGUACGGAACCACAACGCCAGUACGAAAAAAGAGAAGCAACACAACGCCAGUAUAAAAAAACAGAAGCAUAGCGGCCGCAUGAAACUCUCCCGCCGCUCAUCAGCGACGAAUAUGGCUGACAUCCCCAUCUAUGGCCAGGGUUCCGCAGGUUCGUCCAUUGCCAACACGCCGAGCGGACACUCGCCUGGCUCCCCGUAUGACUUUGCAUCGCCACUGUCUGGAGUCAAGGACGAAGACGAUUACGCGCCCUUUAGCUCCAGUGGAUACCGCCAUUCAAACUCACGUAGCACUACAUCUCUGUCCAGCAACUUCACUGACACGACUGUGGGAUCCUCCUUCUCCGGCGACGGUUCUAGCCCCGCAACCCCCUUCCCCUACUCCCCGGAGACGACACAAGGUCCGUUCGCGCCGCCACAGUAUGCGGGGAGCAUAGCACCCUUGGACCCACAGCGCCUGCUCUCGCAGACCUUCCCCAUACUCGCCAUCGACGCGGACACAGCUACAACUGCCACCUUCCCCCACCACUCCACCUCGCCGACCUCCCUCGACGGAUCCUCCGACCCCAUAGCCAUAACUCCCUCAACGACCGCCAGUACUGCGUCGACCUCCCCAACCCCAGACGACGCCCGCCUCGCUCUCGAGACCUUGCUCAGCUACAUGGAAGUCGCGGCACCACAGGGCCUCGUCGACGAAGCCGAAUACCAAACCGUCGUCAAGCUGACCGAGCGCAUGCGCCAGCACAGUCUCGGGUCCAUCAGGGGCGACAUCGAGCCCGGGAAUAUGGAGUGCAGGAUGGGCGUCGGUGUGUAG